GUCGCUCGCUUCGAGGGCUCAACAGCGGGGAAAAAACGGUCCAUUAAACGGUGGCCUGAGGUACCGACAGUGAGAGUGAGAAGUCCGGGGAGCUGGAGGUUUUCGGGAGUCCGACCCUGGAGCGGGCACGAUGCUAACCGACAGCCGCCCAUCUCGGUAGUGAGCGGCUCAGCGGCGGUUAUUACCAGCCCGUUGGGCCCCGGAGCUUCUCCCACUGUCAUUGCAGUUCCUGGGUAUUUCAGAUUCCCAGCACUCGGUACUUGAACGCUGGGGCUUUACCACUUAGUCUUUUUGUUCUUCUGGUCCAGUUUUUUCCCAAAUGGACCUCUAGGAGCAUUCUCGUUUCUGACUCAGAAGUUUGUGGGUUCAAGUCCCACUCCAGAGACUUGAGCACAAAGGUCCAGGCUGACACACCAGUGCGAUACAUCUGAGGGAGUUCUACGCUUUCGGAGGUGCCCUCUUUUGGAAGAGACGUUAAACUGAGGCCCCUCCCGUUGAUACACUGUUUUGAAGACGAGCAGUAAAUGCUGAGUUACCUGUUGGAAGAUGUCACAUUCUGACUAUCUGCAGUUCCUUCGAGAUCAGAACAAACAUUUACUGCAGAAACUGAGGGUGGAACGGCUCAGGGCUCCAUGGAGUGUACUCCUGCCCCCUGAGAGUGGCAGUGGGCUCUGUCCAACUGACCUCAGCUCAGCACAGAACAGACGUGCUGCAGACUCCCGAGGAAACGGCUAUGAUAACAGGUUUGAGCAGGAAGAUGCCAACUUACUGAAGAACCCCAAUUUGAAGGACCAGGCUGAUUCAGAACUGCCAGGGCAAGAGAUGUGUGAUGAUGGAUCACAGCAGCCCAGUGAAGUGGUUGUGACUGAAUCCCAAAAGAAAAGGGAAGCCUCUCGAGCUGCACUUUACAGUCCCUCGGUGUGCAGAGCCAGGAAGCAAGGCUGGAUGCUUGGUGCAGGGGAUGGAGCAGACAUGGAGCUGCUUAACUGGCUCCCUGGCGGUGAGGCUGGAACGAUUCCCAAAGUAGAACGGAACUGUUUUUCAUCAAUAAGACUUCUGCCGAAAGUGAGCCUCACCCCAGUGGAGACACUGAACAAACUAAAGCCGGAGCGCAGACUCAGAAGCAUCCCCUGCAACUUGCUGACUGAUGGUCAUGUUACAAAAACUUUUAAUUGUUCAACUCCUUUUACCAAGCCCCCCUUGGCCCCAAGGUUAACAAGAGACCCUGAGCCUCCCAUUCCAAGACAGUCAAGCACAGGUGGAACCAGCUACAAGGGAAACAGCCCCAGUCAUCAUUCCCGGUUCUUGCAGACCCUCUGUGAGAACGCAAAGCCAAGGUCAAAGCUGGAGCCGCCACUGUAUGUGGACCGGCUGUUGGAUGAGGGCAAUGAUCGACACAGAGAGCAGUUUAUCAGAGAUACCCGGAAGCCAAAAUCAAUUCUCUUAGGAUCUCGUGAUAAGGUGGCAAAGGCGGACGAUGUGGGUUAUGUCACAUUCCUGUCUCCGAAAGAGGAGUCCAGCCUCAGAGCAGAGGUUCAGGCAAUGCGACCCUUCCUGGGCUACGAUUGGAUAGCAGGUCUGAUAGACGUUGAUUCACCAAUGUCAGAAAAAUCCGAGCAGUAUUUUAUGGAACUGCAGGACUUCCGACGGGUGAAUAAGGAAGAAUGUGUGCACCAGGAGUACAUGGAGACAGAGGAACUCAAUGUUCAGGCCGCAGAUCAGGAGAAGCUCGACUACAACCGUCACAUCCACCAGUGCACUCACUCUUACCGUGUUAAUAGUCGCCUGUUUGCAGUCCCACUGGAACCAGCGGCAGUCUGUCCCAUUUGUAAAACUCCUAAAUCGAAGCGACCACACACUAUGGAAGAGCCUGCUUAUGUUCGCGUCAGCAUACCCAGAUCAACCCUGCUCCCUCCGCAUAAAUACAAGCCACAUCGUAGGAAGAGCUUUGAUCCCACUGACAGUCUGUCACUCCCUUCGCAUUGUCUUUUGGGCUGGGAGAGUACCAUGCCAUCCAACACUCCUGUUGCAAACACCCUGGACUUGCGGAGCACAGUGGAACCCAAAAAACCUUCCUCACCAUUUGACCUUAACCUCUCCAACCUGAGUGCUGCUGCAUCUCGUGUGGCUGGAGGGACCAGGUCAGAUGAGCUGCUAAACCUUUCACGUUUGACAGGCUACCAGUUUCAGAGACUGAGAUUGGACAGACCUAAUUCAACAUCCUACCCUGUCUAUUAGAACCUAACAUCCACCUGACAUAUACACACAUACAUGAAGGCUGAUUUAGUACCUCACCUACAUUGCAACCUCAGGGAUUUUUGAAUCUGUUUUUAAUCAGUGAAAUCUGGUUUGGAGAUGAGUUGCAUGCAGUGACCAUAGAAAGCCUAAGUAAAGAGGUGGAGGGGUAGGGGAGGAGAGGUGCAGAUGGCAUUGGCUGGAUUCACUGUAAUAACAUCCUAUCAAAUCCUGGCUGUGCAAAUCAACUCAGCUCAAAGCAAAAAGAAUUGUCAAUGUUGGAACGAGACUAGAACAGGGGUAAUACACAGCAAGCCAGUCAGUCUAAGAGAAGUGUUUUGAGUAUGACUAAUCCAGACAAGUUUAUUCAAACGGGAAGUGCCAUCGGAAUAUACUUGGAAAGCAGGCUGUAUAUUUGGAAUUGAAUUGUAAAGUGAAUGGUGUAAAGGUGGGGAAGAAAAGAGAAUGUUUCAAUUUACACAACAGGCCCAUCAGUGCCAGAAAGAUAAAUGGCAGUGAAAAGUUUGUUUCAAAACAACCUCGCUGCCAAAUAGUAACUUGUUUGACUGAGCUGUGCUGUGUAUUUCUAGCAAUGGUGUGGUCCUGCACAUCUCUAUUCCAGGCACCAUAUGGCGAUGCUGAAUAUUCGAUGUCUAAUAGCACAGCAAUAGACCUGUGGUGAGGCAGGGUUCAAUAAUAAUGUGAAAUACAGCCACAGGACAUACAGUCAGGUGAUACUCAUGACAUGUGUACAGGUGCUGAGAGCUUGCUUUGUGUACAGCUUUCCCUCACAAUAUUGAGAUGUGACUGAAUCUGAGUCUAUUGCUUAUUCUGUACUCAGUUUGUAAGUUGUGCUCUUAAUCAGCCGGUGCAAGACUGGUAGAAAUACUAUUUACACACUUAAGCUGGAUUUCCAAAUUUCCAAUAAAUAUACAGUAGUCAGUUGGGUGAAUCCCAAGAAAGUUCCUGCCAUUGCUGAUUGUGCCAAGACUUCCUCGGAGAGAGGACAGCUGGAAUUAGAAGUUGCCACUAGUGAACGCAAACUCUCUGUCCCUGUUUGCCUGUGGCGUGAGCAUGGCUGCCUUGCUGCAUGUGUCUGCGUGAGUGUGCAAUCGCACGCUCUGUAUUUGUGUGUCCAUCAUGUGGCUCUACUGUAAUAAUGUGUGUAGUUGUCAUUGAUGGAUAUUAACCCUUCUGUGCUGCAAAUGUAUGCCUAGUAGCAAGUGAGCAACAAAUUACAAUUGGUGGUUGGGAGAUUGCCUAAGGUUUUUUUUAAAAUAAUCUUUUGUGUUUUUAAUAUAUAUUUUAAUUUGGUCAGUAAGAAAUCACUGGUUGAAUCAUUGGAAACGGAUGAAGUGGUGUGAUUGGGAAUGCAGAAGCCCUGUGCAUACUCCCUGAUUGGCUGGGCUAUUGAGGAAACUAAGGGGAUGCUGAAAUGGAAUUUGGGAGGUGACUCUCCCACACCUGCCUGAUUGGAGCAAUUUUAGCAAUCACACUGUCCAGCAACUGUAUAAGAGUGACAAUGCCAACUGUUUAAUCUUAAUUGCUCCAGGUGAAAGGUUGAGGGCAACAUCUUGCUUUCUCUACCGGAGAUUUGCUCAGUGAAACUUGCUGUAGGAAGCACCUGUGGGUAUGGCCUGAUUGACAGGUUGAUGAGUACGUUUAGUUGCUGAUAUUUGCCUUUGAUGUGUGACCUCCUGACUUUGAAAUUGUAGCCUGAAUGUUUAAUGAUCGACUACUGUUUGCAGUGUGUGAUGUUCUGGCUGCUGGCUCAGGCCUUCUUAUUGUUAUCUUUUACUACAAUCAGUUUUACAGUUUGUAACCUUCUCAAUAAAACUAUUUUAUAUCUGUGAAGCCAGCACACUCUGAACAUGCUGUGCUGUAUCUGGUUACUUGAUGUGCCACACCUUUGCUCCAAGAUGAAAAUAAGAAUAUCCAAUUUUUUGUGCUAAUGUGAUUAUAAUCGAGAUUUCUUUCACAGUAUAUAUUUUGUAAAUCCAAUGAAGUAUUUUCAAAAUAU